CCAUGAGGCCACAGGACACAAAUACUUGCUGCUUUUUCAAGAUUCUUCUAGCAUAUAUAUUGAGUUGUCGUUUAACUGUAUUAAUAAUUUAUAAACUGCUGUUGUUUUGUCUUCCGAUUUAAUACUAAGUUGAAACAUUGUUGUGAAAGACUACCGCCCUGUGCUAGCCUACAGACAGUGUUGUUUUGUAAGUUGUGAAAGCAGCAAUGCUUUCAGCUUGCAUAACGGCGCUGAUAGCUGGGGUUUUAACCCUUGUUAUACAGAAGCUCUACUUUCCUUACUUUUGGAUGGACCUGAAAUUCCUUACCAAGGUCAUCAGCUACGGGAUAAAGAUCGAAAUAUACAAGAAGACUGCGAAAGUUGUGACGGUGCUGGACAGGUUUAUGCAACAAGCCCAGAAAAUCCCCAAUAAGCCCUUUAUCAUCUACGAGAACAGCGCGUUCACUUACCAAGAUGUGGAUAAAAGAAGCAAUAAAGUGGCUCAAGUAUUCUUAAAGCAGGGUGUUUUAAAAAAGGGGGACACGGUUGCCCUGCUGAUGAGCAACGAACCCGAUUUUAUUAACGUCUGGUUCGGACUCUGUAAGCUGGGCUGUGCUGUAGCUUUCCACAACUUCAAUAUCAAAUCCAGAUCCUUACUACAUUGUUUCAACAGCUGCGGAGCCAAAACCCUUGUCGUGGGUUCAGAUAUGAUGGACACAUUGGAGGACAUUCUUCCGAAUCUGAAUGGAGAUAACAUCAGUGUUUGGAUAAUGGCUAGUGAGUCCCAUCAGCCUGGAAUAAACACACUUCUGGACAAGCUGGAAGAUGCCCCAGAUGCACCUGUACCUGCACAUCUUCGGGCUACUGAUUCUGUGAAGACACCAGCUCUCUAUAUCUUUACCUCAGGAACCACAGGUCUUCCGAAAGCAGCUGUUAUUUCCCAACUUCAGUCCUUGAAAGGUGCUGCUGGGCUUUGGGCGUACGGUGUCACCUCAGAUGACAUUGUAUAUGGCGCAUUGCCUCUAUAUCACAGCGCUGCUUCACUACUUGGAAUUGGGGGAUGCAUUGAACUGGGUGCCACCUUUAUCUUGAAGAAGAAGUUUUCAGCCAGUCAGUUCUGGAGUGAUUGUAGAAAGUACAAUGUAACCGUGUUCCAGUACAUUGGAGAAAUCUGUCGCUACCUCUGUAAUAUACCCAAGAAAGAAGGAGAAAAGGAUCACAAAGUACGAAUGGGUGUUGGGAAUGGUGUGCAGCAAAAUAUUUGGAAGGAGUUUCGUGAUCGUUUUGGCGACAUUAAACUGUGUGAGUUUUAUGGCUCCACGGAAGGAAAUCUUUGCUUUAUGAACCACAUUGGCAAAGUAGGAGCUGUAGGCCGUUCCAAUUUCUUUUACAAGCGAAUCUUUAAGUAUUGUUUGGUCAAAUAUGAUUUGGAAAAUGAUGAGAUAAUCCUAAAUAAACAGGGGUUUUGUGAAGAAGUUAAGAAAGGUGAAGCUGGACUUCUGCUUUCACGAGUAAACUCCAUGAGCCCAUUCUUUGGUUAUGCAGGAAGCAAAAGUCUUACAGAGAAGAAGCUGCUAAAAGAUGUUUUCAAGAAAGGAGAUGUGUAUCUUAACACAGGGGAUUUAAUGGUAGAAGAUCAUGAAGACUUCAUUUACUUCAAGGACAGGAUUGGAGAUACAUUCAGAUGGAAAGGAGAAAAUGUUUCAACGACAGAAGUAGCAGAUGUUGUUGGAAUAAUAGACUUUUUACAAGAGGCCAACAUAUACGGUGUUUCUGUUCCAGGUCAUGAAGGUAAAGUGGGAAUGGCUGCAGUGGUUUUAAAUCCUGGUUGUGGUUUUGAUGGGAAGAGUCUGUAUGAACAUGUUCAGCACUACCUACCUGGUUAUGCAAGGCCACGUUUUGUGAGAAUUCAGAAGUCAAUGGAAAUAACUGGAACCUUCAAGCAGCAGAAAUUCAGAUUAGUGGAAAGUGGAUUCAAUCCUUCAACUAUAACUGACUCACUGUAUUUCUUAGACGAGUCACAGAAAUGCUAUGUUCCCCUGACAACGGAAAUCUUUGACAUUAUUGCUUCUGGUCAGAUAAAGUUAUAGAAGACCUAUUUCUUAAAGUGAAAUGUAAUAAGUUUACUGGCAGGUGAAUGUAAACAUGCCAAAAAACUAUUUAAUUUGGCAUUAUUAAUGCGUUGUGUAUUGUUGUAUGUUCAGGUAAAAUGAAGACCAGAUCACUAUCGAAUGUUCUUUGAAUAAUUUAUAGGGGCCGCCUUUGUAAACGUUUUACAUAUACAGUGCAGGUUCAUUAUGAAUGACCUACAUUGUAAAGUAAUCUUAACCUGACAAAAAACACUGUUGAUGAUUAGAUUUCCACUUCAGACUUAGUCAGGGUUGGGCUGGCUGCAAGGUCCCAAUGUGAUGUAAAGGUCUUAAUCUUAUUUGAUUGUAGUUAGUAGGUACAGUAUAAUGAAUUUAAAUAUAUUAAUGACAUCAGGGAAGCCAGUUUGAGCCCAUACACCAUACAAAGUUUGGCUCAGUACUUAUUUAUUUUGUUAGAUAAUGUAAUAUAGUCCCACAAGAAAUUGGUAUAGAGCACAAAGCAACUAUCUUUCUAUACCAAAUAAAUGUGUAAUAAUGACAGAAUUCAAGUUCAUUCCAUCUUUGUGAUGGUUGUCCACUAUGAAAGGCGCUAUAUAAAAUAAAGAUUGAUUGAUAAUACCGAAACCUUAAUGGCAGUUUCUUUGAGCAACAUGUUUCAGAUGUGUCUCUUUCAGUUUAUGUAAUUGUGUGUGCAGGGCUUGUUUGGAAAUGCUGCCAGGAUAUAAUAUCUUAACCUACAAUACCAAUUUAGCUAUGUUUGGGACUGAACCCUGAAAUGAUUUACAGAAAAACCUGUACAAUCCGGCAUCGGAAAAUCGGGCUGGAUUGUUUACUAGUGUGCUGGAUUAUAGAGUUGCUGUAAAUGAUGGACUGUUAAACGAGUGAAAAUAAGAAAGCACAAUGAUAAACUAGGUGACUGCGAGAAUGAAAUGCAAUUAGUAUCAGCGAUUAACGUAAUUUGUCAAGUCUGUUUGAAAUAAAAAUUAAGCAAAACAAGAACCGGGCAUAGUCAAGAUAUGAAAGUAAAAACAAGUGACAUUGCUUUGUAAUUAACAGCUUUUUCUGAGUUUAAUUAGGGAAUCGGCUCAAAAACAUUUAAAGAGGUGUCAUGUGAUUAAAAAUAAAACCCGAAAACUUGAAGCCCUAUUUAGAUAACAACAACCCUGUAAACGCACAAUGUCGUAUUUGCGUUCAGUGGGAGAAACGAGAUCGUUUCACCAACUACUUGAACAAGACCUGGACACACACCUUUCCAAUUUCAUCUCUAUCUCCAUAAGUCCAAGACAGCGACUCCACAGUGUUAUGAUUUAAUAUGGAAUGACUACUUUAUCUUAAAUUAGAACAGUCAUAUUUUGUAACUUGCCAUUAAAACAAUUAUUAAUAAUUAUAGGAGCUGAAGUCAUAAUUUAAUAGUAAGCAUAUUAAUAGCAUAUACUGUAUCUCCUGCUACAACUGUGAAUACUUUGUAAGGUUCUGAUACUCAUUAACAUGUGGUAAAGAACAUUCUUAAUACUGUGGGUUUUAUAACAAUUUGAUAUGUGUUACUCUAUAUUGAAAUAAACAAAGAGACAGACUUGUUAUAUCCCCACAGUCUAACCCCUUCAGUAACUUGUGUUAAAGAAUGUACUGACAAAGUUACCUCAAUGAUAUUAUUAUCCCUGUCUGUCUGCCUUUACAUUCAUAUCACUUACAGUUUUACAUACUGUAUGUAUAUAUAUAUAUAUAUAUAGAGAGAGAGAGAGAGAGAGAGAGAGAGAGGACCACUUACCCCCUUUUGAUUAUUUUUUAUGCUGUUAUGGAGCUGUAUAAUCUGGUGUGGACUGAUUCAUGGUAGUUACUGUGUUACCGACUGUUCUAUUGGUUAUACAAUCUUAAUUUAUAUGCUGUAAACAUUUUCUUAUCAUAUUUCCAGCAUGCAAGAAUUUGUUUUAUAAAUUAGGUCCCAAAACGUGAGUUUUUGUAAUGCUUAGCUGUUUUUUUUAAAGCCUUAUAAAAAGGGGGUGCAGUUUACAGUGUUUUGUAACUAUAAUUUCAAACAAUAUACAAAAUGCCAACACCCAGUGCUAUUGUAUUGUGGACAGAUCUUAAGCUGUAAAUUUAACAAUAUAUGUAAUUGUGUAAAUUGAUUCUAGAUUAAUUAACAGAUCAGCAUGUUGCAAAUAAAAAUAAUGUAAUUGUUUUUGUCAUAAUGAUAAUAAAAGGUCGUGCUUAUAAUA